AUGGCUGAACAAAUGCAAGCCUGGCAAGCCGCCAGCCCAGGAACUUUCGAAUCCGUCUUCAAACACCACACCACAAUCCCCAAACCAACUCCCGAAUCCCUCCAACCAGGCCAAAUCCUCGUCCAAGUCUCCCGCGCUGCUCUCAACCCCGCAGACUACAAGAUCGUCGAACUAGGCCUUGCCUCGCGCGCAAUUACUUCCUACCCUAAGACUCCAGGCAUGGAUCUCAGCGGUCGCGUUGUAGCUGUCGCAUCAGACGUCGCUGACGCCAAAGAAGGCGAUUAUGUUCUUGCGCGCGCUAACCCGCUCAAGGCAUUUGGAUCGCUGUCCCAAUUCACUGUUGUCGAUAAGGAAGGGUACAGCGUUAUUCCUCAAGAUAUGGACUUGGAUCAAGCUGCUGGUGUGGGAACCGCGGGAUUGACUGCGUACCAAAGCAUUCAGCCGUAUGUUAACAGCGGCGACAAGGUCUUUAUAAAUGGUGGUUCAGGCGGUGUUGGACUUUGGGGUAUUCAGAUCGCCAAAGCGCUGGGAUGCCAUGUUACUGUCUCUUGCUCAACAGGUAAAGCAGAUCUGUGCAAGAGUCUAGGCGCGGACGAUAUCAUCGAUUACAAGACCAGCGACGUCAUGGCCGAACUACGCAAGCGCGGACAAGUUUUCAGUCUCUGUGUUGAUAACGUAGGAAACUCACCUCCCAACCUAUACGGAGCGUCAAACGAUUACCUCCUCCCUGGAAGCAGCUACGUUUUCGUUGGCGGACACGUCUCAGCUAAGAGUGUCCUCAGUCUGACUGCUGGUAUCGUGCGUCCUGCGUUCUUGGGCGGUGUCAAGGCCAAGUUUGUGAGUUAUAUGACUGUGAACAAGACCAAAGACUUAAACCAGUUGAGGGAUUGGUUGGCUGAGGGUAAAGUCAAGACUGUUAUUGACUCGACGUUUGGGUUCAAGGAGGCGGAUAAGGCGUUUGAGAGCUUGAAGAAGGGGUCUAGUGGGGGUAAGAUUAUUGUCAGGGUUGAGGAGUAA